AUGGCUGAUUGGUUCGAAAAUGGCAAGCAGAGCACGAUAACAGCAAUGAGCAAGUGGACAAGGGAAAUGCUACCGUGUUAUCCCAAAUCAAGAUAUGUACUGAAAAUAAAUAGGUACUCCUUGAAAAUAAGCCUUGGGAAACACGGUAUUAUUAUGGCCUGUCCUAUCCAGUCAUGCAAGCAAUAUUAUGCCCGUGGUUUACCGUUAUUCGGUGGUUCGGCCAUUCCUAGAGCUGGUUAAGGUUGAUGUGGACGUAUCAGUGCUGGUUCCGGGCGUGAUAAAGUAAUCGGUUUGGGCGGUUAUUGAUUUAUUGACUUCUUAUUGAAACGUCAACAUAACUCUGUUCAGUUGACAGACUAGAAUGGUUGGGACAUGUCUAUUUCGAUUUGAAAUAUCAUCAGUUCAUAUUAGUUUAU